AUGAAAACAAAAAUCAUAAUUAUAGGCGCAGGCGCGGCUGGUCUGGCGGCUGGAUCUCGGUUGUUGCAAAAUGGUGUAUCCGAUUUUGUCAUUUUGGAGGCUGGCAAUCGCAUCGGAGGCCGUAUUUGGACCGUGCCAUUCGGAACGGAAAAGUGCCCUAUUGAAUUGGGAGCUCAAUGGUGUCAUGGGGAGGAAAAUAAUGUGGUAUUUGAGCUGGCUUUUCCACUGGGACUGCUUGAAGAUUCUAUUUUCUCCCAUCGAAACAUACUGAUAUUCUCAGAUGGAGUUCUAGCUCCCCAGGAUCUUACGGAUAAGAUGAAACAGUUGGCUGAAAAACUAAUAAGCAGUGAUGAAACUAUGAAAUCUAAAGAAUUGCUUGGAGAUUAUUUCCCUCGAAAGUUCAAACAAAUGGUAGCCGAAACACCAGCUUUGGCUGAAAUGGAUAAUGAUUUAUUGGAGGCAUUUAUUACGUUCUACCACAAUUACCUAAAGGGUUAUCUUGCCAUCGACUCCUGGAGUGAAGUAUCAGCGUCGGGUGAUGCCGAUUAUGAGGAGUGCAAAGGAAAGUUGCGAAUGUCUUGGAAAGGGCGUGGCUCGUCGCAGAUACUGGAUUUGCUAGUGAACUCUACAAACGCCGAUGCCGAUUUUUUAAAUGAAAAAAUCAUUCUCAACAAACAAGUAACUCAAAUAAAGUACGACCAAUAUCCUGUACGGGUCGAAUGUGAAGAUGGUAGUAUUCUCGAAGCAAACCACGUUUUGCUUACAGUAUCAUUGGGAGUUCUCAAGCACACCUACGAAGAAAUCUUUGAUCCGAUUUUGCCGAGUUGGAAGAUUGAUGCCAUCGAAGGAUUGCAUUUUGGACUGGUGAACAAAGCUUUUCUGGAAUUCGAGCAGCCCUUCUGGCUUGAAUUGGCCAAUGUUUUUCGUUUAGUUUGGCGCAGAUCAGAUUUGGUUGAGCUUCAAAACUUAGAUCUGGGUUGGGUUGAGGGAGUAUCUACGUUUUUCGCUGUUGAUAGCCACCCUAACGUGCUGGGAGUUUGGUUAGUAGGUUCUCACGGUCGCCAUAUUGAAUCGCUCCCCGAUGAAGCUGUAAAAAAAGGAUUGCAUUUAUUGUUGAAGAGAUUUUUCCGCAAUUUGAAUGUACCGGAGCCAUUGAAUUUUAUAAGAUCCAAAUGGUACAGCGAUUCUUUGGUUCGAGGUUCAUAUUCUAGUCGGUCUCUUAAAACGGAACAACUUAACACCAGUGCGCAUGAUUUAUCAUUACCAGUAGCUGAUGGGCAAGGAACAGCCCGCAUUUUGUUUGCUGGUGAAGCGACUAGUUCUAACCAUUGGUCCACCGUUCAUGGCGCGAUUGAGAGUGGAUGGCGAGAAGCAGAUCGAUUGAUUCAGAUAUUGAAAUAAAGUUUUCU